GUCCCAGGUGCCGGUUGCCGGAGCCGAGCGAGCAAGCGAUGCUACGGCUGCCGCUUCCUGAUUGGCUGCGUGUGGCUCCCUCUUCGUUCUGAUUGGUCGCGAGUGAUCUGGACCAUGCUGAGCAAGGGCCUGAAGCGCAAGCGCGAGGAGGAGGAGGAGGAGAAGGAGGCGCUGUCAGUGGACUCGUGGUGGCUGGAUCCGAGCCCCCCAGCAGUGGCACAGGCCCCCCCGCCCGUGGCGUCCAGCUCUCUCUUUGACCUGUCCGUGCUCAAGCUGCACCACAGUCUUCGGCAGAGCGAGCCAGACCUGCGGCACCUGGUGCUGGUGGUGAACACGCUGAGGCGCAUCCAGGCCUCCAUGGAGCCGGCCGCCGCCCUGCCCCCUGCCCCCACGCCGCCCCCAGCCCCCUCUGUGGCGGACAGCCUUCUGGCUACUUCAGAUGCUGGCCUCGCAGCCUCCAUGGCCAGCCUCCUGGAAGAUCUCAACCACAUUGAGGACCUGAACCAAGCCCCCCACGCCCAAUCGGACGAGGGGCCCCCGGGGCGCUCCACUGCGGGUGUCCCGCCCAGCCUGGGUGCCUUGGACCUGCUAGGCCCAGCCACCGGCUGUCUGCUGGACGAUGGAUUGGAGGGCUUAUUUGAGGACAUUGAUACCUCCAUGUAUGACAGUGAACUGUGGGUGCCAGCCUCUGAGGGUCUCAAACCCGGCCCUGAGAGUGGCCCAGCCAAAGAGGAGACCGCAGAGCUGGACGAGGAGGAGCUGGACUACCUCAUGGACGUGCUGGUCGGCGCCCAGGCGUUGGAGCGGCCACCUGGGCCUGGGCGCUGACCCUGAGGCACAGGGGUGGUCGCCGGGCUCUGAGCUGAGCCUGGUUAGACCUGUCCACCGUGGCAUAACACAGGUGGCUUUCCCUUGCACAGGAGGGCCAGGGCCACUUUGAAGAUACAGUACUGAGUCCUGGGCAGCUUGGCGUCCACCCACCUGUCUUGGCCAGUGAGAGAGUUGGAAGAAAGGCCCCAGCGGAAUGACAGGACCCAGUGACCGAAAUGUGUUCCAGGCCAGGGGGUCGCACUGAUCCCCCAAGACAACAGUCUGGGUUAUCCCUUCCCAUUAUCCCCAGUGUGGAAAGAGACCUCAUAAUUUUUUUUUUUUUUUUUUGAAAUUAAAACCAGCUUUGGGAGGUA